UCGGCUGGCGGCCGCUCACGGGAGACCUCUCACCGAGGCGGCUCACCGGGCCACGACCGGGCACGGCCGCAGCAGAGAACGGCCCGCCGUGCUCCUCCACCAGUGCGUGUGUGACCGACCGCUCAGAGCGCGUGCGAGUGCGACUCUGAGCCGAGACGCUGUGGUGUGAACCGAGACAGCCGGCGCUCGGUGCCGAGGACGCUGUAGCAGUGUCGAGUCGAUCCGCCAUCGGUCGCCCCAGGACAUCCGACACCUGACAUGACCCCCAGACCCAGGGUCGAGUCGAGCGAGGACUCGAGUGAGCACUCGGACGACCAUGCCUCCGGCUCGCUGGCUGACGACAACAACAACUUCACCAAGAACAUAACGAUGACGUCGGAGGACCUGCUUCAGCCGGGCCACGUGGUCAAGGAGCGAUGGAAAGUGGUAAAGAAGAUUGGCGGCGGUGGCUUUGGCGAGAUUUACGAAGGGCUCGAUCUGGUCACCAAAGAGCAUGUAGCGCUAAAGUUAGAGUCGGCCAAACAGCCCAAGCAGGUGCUCAAAAUGGAGGUGGCUGUGCUGAAGAAACUCCAAGGCCGGGACCACGUGUGCCGCUUCAUCGGCUGCGGCCGGAACGACCGGUUCAACUACGUGGUCAUGCAGCUGCAGGGCCGCAACCUGGCCGAGCUGCGGCGCUCGCAGCCGCGCGGCGCGUUCUCGCUGUCGACCACACUGCGGCUGGGCCAUCAGAUCCUGCACUCGAUCCAGGCCAUCCACGAGGCCGGCUUCCUGCAUCGAGACGUCAAGCCGUCCAACUUUUCCAUGGGUCGCCACCCGCACAACUGUAAGAAGGUGUACAUGCUCGACUUCGGCCUGGCUCGCCAGUACACAAACGCCUACGGUGAGGUGCGCACACCGCGCGCCGCCGCUGGCUUCCGAGGCACCGUCCGCUACGCCGCCAUCAACGCACACAAGAACAAGGAAAUGGGUCGCCAGGACGAUCUCUGGUCCCUCUUCUACAUGAUGGUCGAGUUCGUCAACGGUUCUCUCCCCUGGCGAAAGAUUAAGGACAAGGAGCAGGUCGGUGUGAUGAAGGAGGAGUACAACCACUACCAGCUGCUGAAGCACCUGCCGUCCGACUUCCGUCAGUUUCUGGAGCACAUUCAGGCGCUCGACUACUAUGACAAGCCUGACUACGCCAUGCUGUCAGGCCUGUUUGAGCGCUGCAUGAAACGCCGCGGUGUCAAGGAGACGGACGCGUUCGACUGGGAGAAGGCGGGUGCCGAGAGCGCCCCGGCCGGCGGCCCGGCCUCCACCCCUGCCAUCAUCAGUAAACCGGCGGCCUCCUAUCAGACCGACCUGGGCAGCGCGGCGUGCGACAACCAGGAGAACCACCGGCCGGCACCGGCCACCUCAGGGCCGCAGCCGCGCGCGCCACCCGCCGCCGACACACGGGAUAAGGUUCUGGUGGACAACAACCGUAACGCCACCAAAGUAGCCACCAGUGAGGACCCGUCUCCGAAGAAGGGCCGCUCAGACCAGGAGGGUAACGCACAGCGCCGGCCGGCCACCAAGCUGCGCCUGAGUGCGCUGGACACGGCAGAGAGCAACCAGGAGGCGGCGCCCGCCUCGCCGCGGCUCACCGAGGGAGCUCAGGAGGUGUCCGGCCGCAGCACGGAGGCGCGCACGGGCCGUCUGGACGUGUCCGUUCCCUCCACUCCGCAACAGAGCGGACCGGUGGGGGUCGGAGGCACCCCUCUGACGACGGCUGGCGGGGAGCAGACCCGCGAGACGGGCCGGCGCGAGCGGCGCGACCACCGGCGACGGUUCCACUCUGCCGGCAGCCGGAACCGGUCAGUGUCACGGCUGAGUUUACACCGGGAUGUGAGCGUCACCCAGUUCGCCGUGGCUGACGACGACAACGUGUCUCAGCAGGCCACCAAGGGAGGCGGAGGUAUGACGCUGGCCUCGCAGUGGAAGUCUGGUUUCGACGACUCGGAGGCCGAGACGGACCACGAGGCGGCUGAGCAGGGUCUGCAGAGUCCCGAGCACCGCAGGCAGGCGGCCGGCGACGCUCCCAUCGUGGGUCCGGCGGCGCGGCCGGCCGGCACCGGCGCCGUCCCGCCUCCCAUCACAUUCUUUGUGCCGCUACAGCUCAUCAAGUCGCGGCUCCGUGUCAUGGCGGGCGCCGCUCCGACGGCUCCUCUCGAGUACCUUGGUCUGGAGGUGGCCACCGGGCCGAUCCACCGGAGCCGCGGUGAAGGCCUACCGCGCGCCUGGUCCAACCCGCAGCUCUCCGCCCGGAUACGAGCGGGCCUGGAGCCGCCGCUGCUGCAGCAGGCCACGUUCGAUGACGUCGUUUACGAGGUGGACGUGGUCCGUAACGUGGCCGCCGUGGUCUCGCCGGCGGUCCCGGCAGCUCCGGCGGUGGGCGCGGUCCCGGCCGGUCCGGCUGCCGUCCGGUCACCGCCACCGAUGGUCAACAGGACUGUCUCGAUGGAGUCGGAUGUCAGCCCGCACCAGCUGCAGCCCGUCUCGGCCAAACUGGAGAUCCGUGUGUUCGACAAGGGCGACUCGCGCCGCUCGGAGGCCGCGCCGCCCCCGCCGCCGCCCCCGCCCACGGUGCCGACAAUCGCCGUGGUCACCCCGUCGGCGCCGGCGGCGACUGGGUCCGUGCCGGUGGCCACACCGGUGUCACCCGGCUCCUCCGCGACCGGGCCUCAGAACAGUCAGGCGAAGGCGGUUCGCGUCGAAGACCGUUCCAUCACUCGCUCCUCGUCUCCUCGGCUGAAGAGCAUCCUCAAAAACAAAUCGGAAAAGAACCUGGCCGGAAAACUGGAGCAGGCUAUCGGCUCCGGCGUUUCCAACACCAUCCCUAAGAACAAGAGCUCGCCGUGUCUGAACGAGCAGUUCGGUCGAUACUUUGAGACGCCGGCGGCGCCCGCCGAGGUGCCUCACAUCCAAGUGACUGCGGCGCAUCGGGAGCCCCCGGCGCCGCCGCCGCGGCCGGCGCAGCGCACGGCGCGCUCGCCUCCUCCGGCGGCUGGCCGGCGCGGUCCGCACAGCACAGAGUCCUCGUCCAGUCGCAGUCGCGACUCUCCGGCUAAGGCGCCGGCGCCGGCCCAGCCCCCGGCCGAGGAACCGCGCCCCGCCGAACACAAACGCGCCGCCGAGGAGUCGAGCGUGUUCUACGACGCUGCCGACGAGAGCCGCGCGCGUCUGGCCACCUCUCGCAGCCGGUCGCGGAUCGACGCCGACGAGACCUCGCGCAACGAGAGCUUCGGCACGGCCGUGCCCGUGGGGACCUCUGAGGCGGCCGAUGGAGGCGACUACGAGACGGUUGGCUUCUCGUUUGCUACUGCCCGCGAGAGCCCGCGCACGGUGCGCCGUCGUAUCGGCGUGGUCACUCCUCCGCCAGAGUUCCAAAACGACCCGCACGACUCGCAGUCGACUGGGGACGGCACGGCGCGGAACGACUCGUCCGCGGCUGCUGCAGCGGCGGCGCGGGGCCGGCGGCGCAGCGGGGGAGCCUCAGACGCCACCGGCGCUCCGGCGACCGCCCUGAACGGCUCAGCGAAGCGGCACUCGCUGGACAACCUGCUGCUGGACGACUCUGAGCGGAAGAUCUCGGUGAUCUCCGUGCAGGACCUGGGCGCUGUGUUCCGCGGCCGCUCGCCAGCGGCCGGCAGGCAGUUCCACAGUGACGACAGUCUGCUGGACGGCCGCGAGCGGCCGGCGCGCGCCAACCGCUCCCAGCUCAGUGCCGACCUGGAGGCCGAGAGCGAGGCGUCCGAGCGGCCGGUGGUGACGCGCCGGCGGCACUCGGCGCGCGAGCUGCACUCCACCACGCCGACGUCGACGAGCACGGCGUCGUCGGCGGCCGAGCCGGCGCCGCGGCUGGCGUCCGGUCGGCGCGGCCGCCUCAGCUCGUCGCCGGAGCCGCUGUCGUCUCGGCGCGGCUCGGCGCACCAGUCGCCGCUGUACGUGCCGCCGUCACUGAGCGGCUACAGUCCGCGGCGCGAGCUGCACCCCAGCACCACGGCCGGCCUGACGCGCACCAGCUACAGCCCGUCCAGCUCGUACUACGACUCGCCGCGCUACGAGCCGUCCCGGCUGGCCGUGUCCGGCUGGGGCCUGCAAAAGUCCAGCUCUUCCUCCGCCUGCCACCAGGGCUACCACACUAUGCCGUCCCGGAUCCGGCCGCCAUCCACAGACCUGUACCGGUACCCUUCGCCGAGUCGCGACGACACCAGUCUGGACGGGUGUACCCCGGCGCUGCGCCGGCGGCGGCAGGGCACCGACAAAUACGUCAGCGAGGAGCCGCUGGGGCUGCGGUUUCAGCGGCGCCGCAGCCGGCCGCGGGACUCCACGCCCGUCCAGCCGGCCGUGCCGCCCCGCUCUCGGCAGAGCGGCUCGGGCGGCCGGCCGCGACCCUCGGACGGCCACAGCUCCGGGGUGAGCACCGAGUCGACCCGCUCCGAGGGCGGCGCCGGCGGCGGCGCGGCGGCCGGCCGACGGCGCGCCGCCGCCGACAGCAGCGAUAGCGACAGCCUGUCGGCGCGCGAGGCGGCACCCGUGCCGCACCCGCCGGCAGGGCCGCCGCCGGCCGGCGCCGAAAUAUCGGCCAGACGCCGGCGGUACCGGCCUGCCGGCGUGGACGAGGUGUCGCCGCUGAACCACGUGCUGCCGCCGCGCCACUGAAAGACCGGCCCACAGCCCGCCGUCUUCCGGCCCACCGGCAAGCAGUUGUUACGAUGCACAUGUGCUGAUGCUAGUCUGACAGCCUCCUUGUGGAAGUGGGCGCCUCUUUGAGGAGAUUUGCGAGUCGUGUGUCGACUUUGGAGCAAAUGUGACCUGGUUUUUCGAGGCCUGUAUGUGUGGGAUAUGUGUGACAGAAUCAGGAGAGAGCGAAAGAGGGAGACAGGGGGAGAGCAGUUGGUUACACUGGCAUUCGCUGGUAACGUUAUAUAUUGAUGUUGAAAUGCUUCUACCUACCAUCUGAGGAGAAUGUUCUAUAUAAACAUUGGACGCGCUGGUGACGUGUUAUGCUACGUUGCGGGGCUGUUUUUUUUUUCUUUGUCAGUGUGUCGGGGUACGGGGCGUGUCUAUUUAUUGUGCUGCUCACGGCCCCGCGGGGCGAGAGAACCAGAUGCUAUGUAAUGCGCUGUUGACGAGAUACUUUUUAAGGGCCGCGCGCUGGCCGGCCGGCCCUUCGCGGCGGCCGACUCUGGGGUCGGGCCCGGCUGCGGGUGCCACAGAGGCGACAGCGGCGCGGUGCGCCCGAUCUCGCCCCGAAACGAAUCUAGUCCCGGAUAGUCAGCGAGCGCCGGCCGCGAGCGCCGCCCCUACUCAUACUCAUUAGGUUGUCUUUCAACUGGCGGCCGACCGGGCGCGCCACGGGUCGCCGCCGGCGCCGCCGCGGACGACCUCUCUGUGAUGGCCGCCCCGCCACUCUGUUUCUGGCGUUUGGUGAGACAAUACAGCCGCUUUGCCAUGGGUA